AUGGGCAACUCGGUAUCUGCGGCCAUCAGCAAGGCGGAGGACGGGCAAAAGAAGGAUGCUCAGGACUCACUGAACGCGCUGCUUGCAAUGGCGGAGAUGAAGUACCAGACGUUUUUGUCGUCGGUGAAGGACAAGUCGGACACGACGAUGGUGCCCGUCAGCAAGUUCCUGCUCAUGGACCACUCCGUCAAUGCCUCUGUGAAAAAGGACAACGAGAAAGUCAAGAAGGCGGUUACUGGGGCUGUCUCUGCCUUCGCCAGCGGCGCGAUUCUCGACGGUGUUUCCGCUGUCAUUGGCUUCGGCAUUGACGCAGUUCUGGGGAAUGUCGCUGCCAACCAGUCGGAGCACACGACCUACGUGAUAACAUGUGGCGAGCUCGGCGGGUUAAUGCGCAUUGACAUCAACAUCUUCUGCUACUCUUAUACCUCCGAGUCCCUUCGCAAAAUUGCAGAGAACGUAGUCAGCGUCUCCUACGCCAUCAGCUCCGUUGACUCGCGCGACCUGGACCCCGACACGCUGCGGGGCGUCGUCCAGGUGUGCUAUGGCGGUGUCGUGAAAAGGGAGCAGUUGAAUGAAAUCUACCAACUUCUUAUCAAAGCUCACGAAUCAUCCAAAACCGGUCGGUUGGAAUGGGUGCCGGAGGUCAAGCCUGCGCCGGAGACGCCAGCAGUCAAUAACGAUCCCGUUGUGGCGACUGCAGGCGUGACCUCUGCAUGA